UGUGUGUUACAGGUGGGGACUCAUACCAGCAGCUCUGAUAACAUCAGUCAGUUUUCAGUCGACAGCAUCACAAGUCUGGAGAGCAAAGAGCCGGUUUUCAUCGCCGCCGGAGACAUCAGACGUCGUCUGUCGGAGAACCUCGCUCACACGCCAACGACGUUCCGCAGAGAUCCCGAAGACCCGUCAGCUGUGGCCCUCAAGGAACCCUGGGAGGAGAAAGUCAGGAGGAUCAGAGAAGGUUCUCCGUACGGUCACCUGCUGAACUGGCGGCUGCUGUCCGUCAUCGUGAAGUGUGGAGACGACCUGAGACAAGAGCUGCUGGCCUAUCAGGUCCUCCGACAGCUGCAGUCCAUCUGGCAGCAGGAGAGAGUUCCUCUGUGGAUCAAACCGUACAAGAUCCUGGUGAUGUCAUCAGACAGCGGGAUGAUCGAACCAGUGCUGAACGCCGUGUCUCUGCACCAGGUGCGUAAACAGAGUCAGCUGUCGCUGCUCGACUACUUCCUGCAGGAACACGGCAGCUUCACCACCGAAGCUUUCCUCACCGCGCAGAGGAACUUCGUCCAGAGCUGCGCCGGAUACAGUCUCAUCUGUUACCUGCUGCAGGUGAAAGACAGACAUAACGGGAACAUCCUGCUGGACUCUGAAGGUCACAUCAUCCACAUCGACUUCGGCUUCAUCCUCUCAAGUUCUCCUCGUAACCUCGGCUUCGAGACGUCUGCCUUCAAACUCACCUCAGAGUUUGUGGAUGUGAUGGGCGGUCUGGACGGCGACAUGUUUAUCUACUACAAGAUGUUGAUGCUUCAGGGUCUCAUCGCUGCCAGGAAACACAUGGAGAAGGUUCUUCAGAUGGUGGAGAUCAUGCAGCAAGGUUCCCACCUCCCCUGCUUCCACGGCUCCAGCACCAUCCGUGGUCUGAAGGAGCGUUUCCACAUGUCUCUGACGGAAGAGCAGCUGCAGGUGCUGGUGGAGCAGCUGGUGGACGGAUCCAUGAGGUCCAUCACCACCAAACUCUACGACUCCUUCCAGUACGUCACCAACGGCAUCAUGUGACCAACGGCGUCAUGUGACCAACGGCGUCACGUGACCAACGGCGUCACGUGACCAACGGCGUCACGUGACCAACGGCGUCACGUGACCAACGGCGUCACGUGACCACCGGCGUCACGUGACCACCGGCGUCACGUGACCACCGGCGUCACGUGACCAACGGCUGACGCUGAUGUUUGAACUUUGGUCUCUGAAGCUUCUUCCAGUUUGUUUUGAAUUUGAUGAGACGAUCAGCUGAUCUCUGAUGUGUUGUGUGUGACGUUCAUGGGCAGCUGGGAAAGUACAGCGUCUGGGACUUUUCCAGGUCGUUCUUUUUUCCUGUGAAGAAACGUAAGACAGAAACACUAAACAGACGUUUGGUUCAUCCUGAGACGCAUUAAAUAAAUCUUCUGUUAGAUUCUCCUCGACGUUAUUGUGAACCAGCUCAGCUGUCCUUCAGAUCAUAACUUCAUCAUUGAUGAAUUCAUUUCUCCAGUUAAACUUUGAAAGGUACAGUUUCACAUUUGUGAAAGUUUAUUUGGAUUUUCAGCUGCUGAUCAAACAAAAGAAAUCCUAAAAUUGAAGUAAAUUCUGUUCAUUUUCACAAGAAAAUGAGCAGAAAAGCUCAUAAAAACUAGAAUACGCUGCUUCUCUCAGUUAAAAGCAUUUUAAAAAUGCCAGAAACCGGAGAACUCAUCCCAUAAUUACACGGUAACGGUCUGAAAACAUUUACUGCUAGUGAAAAUCAAUAGUUAUCUUAUCCUCUGAAAAGCAUCUAUACCACUAAAUUUAUAUCUUAAAAUUCCAAUAAAUGUGAUUUAAGUUUGACAGCAGCUUGAAUAUUUCAAUAAAAAAAACGACGUACGAUGGAGAAGAAAACAGAAGGAAAUCCGUUUGACAGUCGGUUCCAUCGUGAACUUGGUGUUUUCUUUGAGAGUUCCUCUUCCCGUAGAAUUCCUUGAUGUUUUUCACCAGACAUUCAUCACAACUGUCUCCGAAGACAUUUGAGUUUAUCUUUAAAGCUAAUUCCUGCAAAAGACUCGAAGGAAGGGAAAUAUUUAGAAUAUAGUUUCCUUGUUGAUCGUCUCAGCGCCACCUAGAGGCCAAACGUUAGAUUUCUCCAAUAGAAGUUCAUGACGAGAAACCAACGGACUGAAUCCCCCGUUAGCGUCAGCUGUACUUUAAGCAUGCUAAGUAUUAGCACGUCAACUUGCUAACUGUGAGCGUGCAUGCUAACGUUGGUGUGCUAAAUGCUAACACUCAUUUCUCCGGGCUGCAUGUAGGCAACAACUUAUUGUACCUUUUUAAGAACACUUAUACAAACCUGAAUCAUUUAAAUUUUUUUUUACGAUGGAUCGGCUAAUUAGCUCGUUUGAUGUCGUUGAGGCAGAUUUGUUGGCUCACUUUAACACUACUUGCUAAACGUCCGCGUGAUGAUAAAAGCAGCUAACGUAGCGUUAGCAUGCCGUCAACAUUUUGGAAUCCAAAAACAUAACUUUUUUUUGUAUGAGAAUGAUGUUUUUUGUCAAAAGCAAUGUGGUUUGAAUUUAUCUGCAUUGUUUUCAUGUGAAGUUGAGAUUUAAUGGACCUGUUUCUAUCUUGAAAAGACUUAUUGUGCAGCCUUCUUACAUUUUAUGAUAUUUUAAGACUUUUAAAAUCAGGAUUAUAAUUUUCACGAAACUUUUCCAGCGUGACGGGUGUCUGGUGAAAAAGCAAAAAAAAAUAUUGUCAACUCAUCAGUUUAUUUAAUCGGCAUGUUUUUUCUCUGAAUAAUUUGAACUUCCUUUAUUUUGUGUAUGUGUGUAGAUUCAGUUUAAGAAAAGGUCCGAGUUGAAUUUCAGAAGAAACCUUUGCUUGAUUUUGUUGAGUUUCAGUUCACGACAACAAACAAACUCUCCAGCGUUGAAUCAAAGGAUCUUAAAGUUGCAGUUGAAUAUACAAAGACCGAUAUUCAGUUGCAAGUAUUUGAGCAGAGUGAAGAAUUGGGACAUUUUUAUUUUUAUUUUUACAUGGACGCACACACUCGACACUACUCGACUGAUUUCUCUUAAAUUAAAAUGGCUCCUUUGCAACAGAUUUAUGCAAGAAGACGUUCCAGUAACUGGAUAUCUGUUUAACUCUGAGCUGAAUGACUGAUAUCUGCAUAUUUAAUGAUCUCCUCCCCGAUUGGCCCUUGAGAGAUACAUUCCUGUCAUUAACUCCGGCCAUUCAGGAGAAGCGGCUGAUUGAGAGCUUGAGACUCUAAAUGUUCUAUUUUUCUUCAUGAGCUCAGUUUCCUGAAUAUGUGAAUGUUUUUUUUAAAUAUAAGUCGACUAAAACUUUUUUUUUCUCAGUAUUGACGAGGAAAUGUUGUCUUGUUUGUACUUUAAACACUUAUGAUGUUGUGACUAAUGUUGGUAACACUUUCAACGGCUUUAUCCCAGUUCAUUACACCUGUGUACGAACAUAUUGUUUUUACAUAACAAUACUGAGGUUUUUUUUCCUUCGAGAAGUGAGAUUUUUUGUGUACUUGAAAUUGCUCUUUAGAUUAAAAAUGUACGUUUUAGAGGAUUCAAGACAUUAGCUAGUGCUACCUUAACUGUUAGAUUAGUUAGCAACAAGCUACCUGGUCGUUCCUUUACUGUAAUUACAACUUCAGCUACAAACGUAUAAGACGUAAAAGAACAGAAGCUAGUUAGCUAGCCAGCAGGUUAAUUAGCGAGACAAUUACUCCACUUUUAUAACUACAAUUCUAUUAAAAUUAGCCAAAAUGACCAAAAACGACUAAAAAAAAAACCUUUGUUACAGCUUGUUAGCAAUAAGUCGCAUAAACUUCGUUUUCUACAAUCUGCUCGCAUCUGCACGAAAAUAAAAAUAAUGUAUAGUAUUACAUUAGACUGGAAAAAUAACAGAAAAACAUACUUGGCUAGCAAUAAUUUAACUGAGUCAUUGUCAUGCUAAUGGUUAAUGAACAGCCUCGUGGAUUUGAUUAAAACAACUUUUUUACUGAAAGUUUAAUGCUACCUACUAACUAGCUAGCUAACUGUUGUAUAAGAGCAGUGACUUUUGUACUAUUUACAGUCUUUAGCAGCAACGAUAAAAUAUAUUAUUCUAACAUCAUUCAUCAGUAUUCUCAGACUGUUCUUGUUAGCCAUUAGCUUGACAAUGACUUAGCUAAAAUCAUCGCAAGCUUGAUUUUUUUCCUCCACAAUCUAAUGUAAUGUCUCUUCUUCUGCCAGGAUAAUAAUUAUGAUCUAUGUUUUAUAAGUUAUUCGAAGAGCUGAGGCUUGUAGCUAACAAGCACAAGAGUGGAGAUGAGCAUUGACAAGCUAGCUAGCUAGCUAGCUAGUUAGUGACAAACCUGAUCACUAACGAGCUAGCUUCGGAAUAAAAAUCAAGGUUGUGCCAUUUACUGUUAUAUCUUAUUUUAACUAUACUUUCAGAUUUUAUGCAUUUGAUUUCAGUUUGACUUUAUAUUUUCUACGAACAAAAGGAACAACCAGUUAGCGUUCACGCAUUUAAAAAAAUACUAAACCAUACAAUUGUAAAGAUUUCAUAAAAGCUUCUCGCUGGGAUAAAGCCGGUAUUUGGUGUUUUCGUCAACAUCUGUAAACUUGUUUUUGUGUGUUUUGACCACUAAUGAAGGAGAAGCACAGAUCUGUUAUUGUAAAAGCAGCAUCAUGUUACCGUCUGCUACCCGUUAGCCUGCUAACCGUUAGCCCACUGCUCUUAUACAACAGUUAGCCCGCUACUUUAUACGCCGCUGCGCUUGACAAAGAUGCAGCUAAAGUUUACCAAAUAAGUAAGUUAAAUAGCAAAUACUGUUUCUUGUUCUUGUCAUUUGUGGAUAUGUACGUAUGUAAAUGAGUUCGUUCUCCUGUGAGAAAAGAAAUAGAUGCCUUGAGAUGUACAGAAGGUACAAACUCUUAUCAAUGCAACCGGAGGAACAAAGAGGUUAUAAAGUGCUUUUAUAUCAGACGUUUGACCUUCAGGGACGAGUUUUUAGACAUUAAAACAUCUUCCUCUCCAGACGGGAAUCAUGUUUAUUUAUAUUUCCAAGUUAAUUAAAGUCACGUUUGAUAAGAAACAUUUAUGAUAGCUAAAUAGAUUUUUUUUAAAUUCAAAGUGCAGAAGUAUCUCCAGAUGUUUCGUCUCUUAUUUCUUUGUUUAAAUAAAAAGGCGGGAGAAAUCUGGAGAGGAAAAGCUUUUUGUUUGUUGAAACUUGUCCCUGCUACUAAAAACCUUUCAUUGCCUUCUUCCUUCUUCAUCAGCUUCGAACACGUUCAACAAUUUCUAUGUGAGAAAGUCUUAAAGUGCAUUUAUCCUGAAUGAAAAUGUGUUUUCUGUCUUUUGUGAACGAUUCCUGUUUUUAACUUUAGUUAGUAGAAAAUAUUUAACACAAUCCAUUAAAGCAGCAGGAGGCUCCAUGUUGUCUUAAAGGAGAAACGAUGCUAACGAUGAGACAAACUGAAGAAAAAACAACCGACAUGAAAACAUUUUGAAGUUCAGUGUGAUUUCUAAAGUUGUAGUAAUGGUCUCAUAAUAAAUACAUUUAAUUAAAUCACCUUAAACUAGAUUAAAUGUAAUUGUGUUAAAUUGUACGACUGGUCUCUCGUUUUGGUAAAUCUGGUAAAAACAAGACAUUUGCUCAUAAUUAUGAGACAUUUUCAAUUAAUUGAAAUCGUAAUUUGAUGGUAAAAAUCUUUUUAAUUAUGAAAUUAUAAUUAUUUUAGUCAGAAUUACGUCAGACAGGUUUUUAAAAGUAAUACAUUUUCAUUUCAUAAUAAGAUUAAAUAUUUGUCUUAAGAUAAAGUUCUGGUUAUUACAUGUUUUUCCUCAUAAUUAUGAGAAACGUUUUGUGAUUACGAGAUAUUUUAAAUAAUUCACACAAAGAUAUUUGACUUGAAUAUAAAACGUAUUUAUGUAAUUGUUAUAUUUUCUUAUUAUUCUGAGACACAAAUCUUUUAAUUAUGAGAUCGUCAUAGUCAGGACAGAGUUUUUGGGGUCAUUUUGAGGAAUAAGUCUUAUUUUUUGGUAAUAAUAAAAGUAAUAAAAUUCACUUCCUGCUAACAGAAAACCAGAACAAAGUUUUCAACCAAAUGUUUUUUCUUUAAAUAUGUUUCAUAAAUAAAGAGGAACAAGUUUCACUUAA